UCCUGCUGUAGGACAACUUCGUUUGGUUUUCCCGCCCAGGAUCCCAUCAUGCUGGCCUUUCGAUCACGGUCAGUGGCUCUUUUCCCACGGAGCUACUCCGUGCGUCCUCGGGUGACGAGGACUUUUCGUGGCUUGGCCACCGUUGCCGAGGGUGCUCAACCCUACGAUGUCGUCGUCAUUGGUGGUGGGCAUGCCGGCUCAGAAGCCUGUGCUGCGGCAGCUCGCUCCGGCGCCCGCACGGCGCUAAUCACCCCGUCGCUCUCCAACAUAGGUGUAUGCUCGUGUAACCCGAGUUUUGGAGGAAUUGGCAAGGGCACAAUGAUCCGGGAGGUGGAUGCUAUGGACGGCGUUGCAGGGCGCAUCAUCGACAAAGCCGGCAUAAUGUUCCGGUUCCUCAACCGAUCCAAGGGUCCCGCUGUCUGGGGGCCGCGCGCCCAGAUCGAUCGUGACCUGUACAAAGGAUACAUGCAGGAGGAGCUUCAGCAGACGGACGGGCUGAGCAUUCUGGAAGGGAAAGUGGCGGAUAUCGUGAUUUCGACAGAUGGGAUGGAAAACAAUUCGGGGCCGGCGCAGGGCAAGAUCGUUGGUGUCAAACUCGAAACCGGGGAAGUCAUCCCGACUGGCCGGGUGGUUAUCACGACCGGGACUUUCUUGGGCGGAGAGAUCCAUAUUGGCCUCAAGGCAUUCCCUUCGGGCCGUAUCGGCGAAGCUGCUACUUUUGGGCUGAGCAAAUCUCUCCGCGAAGCUGGCUUCCAACUUGGUCGGCUCAAGACCGGAACUCCGCCGCGACUGGACAUGAAAACGAUCGAUUUCAAGCCGUUGGAAAUUCACGAAGGAGAGUCGCCUCCGCAGCCGUUCUCGUAUCUGAACAAAAGAGUGCAGGUGGACACAGAAGAUCAGCUUCCUUGUUGGAUCACGCGAACAAAUGAAGCCACCCACGACAUUGUCCGGGCCAACCUGGACAAAUCGGUGCAUAUCCGCGAAACAGUCAAGGGGCCGAGAUACUGUCCUUCUUUGGAGUCGAAGAUCAUCCGGUUCCAUCAGAAGAAUGCCCAUCUGAUCUGGCUGGAACCGGAAGGGUUCGCGCCCAAUGAGGUGAUAUAUCCGAACGGAAUCUCCAUGACCAUUCCGGAGGAUGCUCAACUUGCCAUGUUGCGGACAAUCCGUGGUCUUGAGAAUGUCCACAUGCUCCAGCCAGGCUACGGCGUGGAAUACGAUUAUAUCGACCCUCGCAAUCUCUGGCCCACUCUCGAAACCAAAUUGAUCAGCGGUCUUUACCUUGCUGGACAAAUCAACGGCACCACUGGUUACGAGGAAGCCGCUGGACAAGGAAUCAUCGCUGGUGCAAAUGCCGGCCUGGCCGCCCAGGACCGAGCACCGCUCACCCUCAGCCGGGCAGACGGGUUCAUCGGCAUCAUGAUUGACGACCUCAUCACCAAGGGUGUGUCUGAGCCCUACCGCAUGUUCACAACCCGCAGCGAAUACCGCAUCACGACUCGGUCCGACAACGCCGACCUGCGUUUAACGGGCAAGGCGUUCAAGGCGGGUAUCGUCUCGGACAAGCGCUGGCAGCAUUUCCGCGACAUUGAAGCGCAAAUCAAAGAGCUCACGGCUCUCCUUAACAACACCAAAAAGACCGCCCACGGAUGGAACCGCCUCGGCUUCGAAACUCGCCUCGACUCUUCCUUCCGCUCAGCCCUGGACCUUCUCUAUGUCAAGAACAUCACCCUCGACUCGUUGAUCCCCCACAUCGACUCGCCCUCCGGAACCACUUACACUGCUUCCUCCUUUGCCUCCGAGAUCAAAGCCCGCGUCGCAAUCGAAAAGCACUAUGAGCACAUGGCCGCGCGCCAGGAGGCCCACGCCCGAAAGUUCCUGCAGGAUGAAGGACUUCUUCUCCCUGCUGAUAUGGAUUUCCAGCAGGUCCACGGUCUCAGUAGCGAAGAGAAGCAGGCUCUUGAGCGCGCCCGACCUGUCAGCGUCGGCAUGGCGCGGCGCAUUGAAGGUGUCACCCCAGUCGGAGCUCUGCUAUUACUUCCGUAUGCACGGAGGGACACUCCCGUGGCUCCCGAGCCUGUGACAGAGCUUGAUGCCGACACCGAGAACCUUGAAGUCGCUCCAGACACUCAGCUGGGCACUUGAGAGAACGAGGGUAUAGAAACAUAUCUCUUUUCCUCUCCUCUUCUCUCUUCGUUAAGACUAAUAACCAUGCAUCUUACGGCGAACUUGUACGACUAUCGAUUAUUUUGGCUCUUUUUGUGGGAUUUCAAAUAAGGAUCAGCUCACGGCGCAUCAGGAAAGGGAAGGGAACCCAGCAUGGAGUCAGUCGAUUUCAGAACGACGUACUCAUCCAGACUCGCCAGGGGCUUUGUAUCAUACUAAUCAUGUAUAUUCUUCGGUUCUUUCUCAUUUGCACUGAACAUACUAGGAAUCUCCCGGUCUAUAUUUUCAUUUAUAUUAGCGAAUUAAACUUAGAGAAGGGCCAACU